AUGGAUUCUCCUCGACGCCCUGGCUACCGCCGGCCAUCGGACGGCAAAUCGGGCACGCCGCUGCUGUACAAGCCUGACGAUCAAGAACCCGACUCUCGCGCGGACGAUGUUGAGCGCGGACGAUCGUUUGAGAACGAAAGCUACACUACGCCGCCAGUGAUGAGCCAGGUCAGACCAGCACUAAGCCGCAGAUCGACGAUGCGCGGCCACAGUCCCCGAGGUGUAGCUGCGGAAGAGACGGCGCGCAAGAAGUACACCUACGCUGCCUUCUUUCUUGUCGUCAGCCUGAUUACCUUUUGCGUCCAGACGGAACUGAGCGCACACAUUCAGCAUGAACUCGGGUGGAACAAGGCGUAUUGUAUGAUGUAUGUAACCCACAGCUCGUGGGUUGUGCUGUGGCCAGUGCAGCUCAUGAUUCUGCGGGCGCAGAAGCUGUCCAUCCCGUGGGAUGUCUUUUGGAGGCGCCAUGUGAAUUUGCUGAGAACUACAGCAUUGAUGGUGGAACUGCGCACCUUUGACGUUUUUGGCGUCGGUAUGCAGUACAGCUCCCGAUCUAUUCGCUACAUGUUCCGCACGACGGCGUUUGUGACGACAUCUCUGACGGUAGCUGGUCUGAGUUGGUACAUCGCAGUCAGCAUGACGACCCCGUCUGACUUGACUGCUAUCUACAACUGCUCUGCAUUCUUUGCCUACGCAUUCUCCGUCCCGCUGCUCAAGGAGCCCCUGCGUCUAGAUAAGUCGCUUUCUGUGCUCGUUGCCAUCUUUGGCGUACUAGUUGUCGUGUAUGGUGACGUCGGGCCCGAGCAGCCUGGUACAGAGUCUAGCAGCGAUCCUGGCGCCGCACAGCGAUUUGCAGGCAACCUGGUCAUUGGCUUCGGAUCUGUCUUGUACGGGCUGUACGAAGUUUUGUAUAAGCGCUUUGCAUGCCCACCUGACGGCGUCUCUCCUGGCCGUGGCAUGAUCUUUGCCAACACGUUUGGUUCAUGCAUUGGCUUAUUUACAAUGCUUGUUCUUUGGCUGCCUCUGCCAUUCCUUCACUGGUUCGGGUGGGAGUUGUUUGAGAUCCCUGGUCCCAGAACCUGCUUUCUCAUCUUGCUAGCUGUACUGGCCAAUGCCACGUUUAGCGGCUCGUUCCUUGUUCUUAUUUCACUGACAUCGCCGGUUCUCUCUUCCGUGGCAGCACUGCUUACCAUUUUCAUUGUGGCGAUAUCCGACUGGCUCCUGACUGGCAAGCCGCUCAGCGCUGCUGCCUUGAUUGGCGGCUUGAUGAUUACGGUUGCAUUUCUAGCCUUGAGCUGGAGCACAUAUAGAGAGAUGAUGGAGAUUGAAGCCCAGAAGAUGGCUGUCGAUUUGACAGACAGUGACGAAGAAGGCGAUCUCAAUGAAGACGAUGAGUAG